AUGCUCGGAAGUCCGUCCAAUAACGGCGGCGACAGGAUGCUGGCUCCCCCGGCUCCAAACGAUGAGAGGCGGGUGGAGUUCGUCGCGCUGACGGCUGUUCACACCGAGAGGAGCGAGCCGUCCACACCGGAGCGAGGCCAACCGUCUCACCGCACAGGACUGCUGGGGACUCCGCUGCCUGGACCCCCAGGACCCCGGAGCAGCACCUCCGCCUCCUGCAAGAGAUACAGAAAGUUACAGAACUGUCUGUACAAUGUGCUGGAAAGACCGCGCGGAUGGGCUUUCAUCUACCACGCGUUCAUUUUCUUGCUGGUGUUCAGCUGCCUGGUGCUGUCUGUCUUUUCCACCAUCCCCGACCAUCAGAAAAUAGCCAACCAGGGUCUCUUCAUCCUCGAGUUUGUUAUGAUUGUAGUGUUCGGCCUGGAAUACUUCAUCAGGAUCUGGGCGGCCGGAUGCUGCUGCAGAUACAGAGGAUGGCAGGGUCGUCUCAGAUUUGCCCGGAAGCCCUUCUGUGUCAUAGAUUUCAUUGUAUUUGUGGCUUCUUUGGCGGUGAUUGCGGCUGGGACACAGGGUAACAUAUUUGCCACCUCAGCACUGCGGAGUAUGCGUUUCCUGCAGAUCUUGCGUAUGGUUCGUAUGGACAGGCGAGGAGGCACCUGGAAACUACUGGGCUCAGUGGUCUAUGCUCACAGCAAGGAGUUAAUAACGGCCUGGUACAUAGGAUUCCUGGUCCUGAUCUUUGCCUCGUUCCUGGUCUACUUGGCAGAGAAAGACAAUAACUCAGACUUCAACACCUAUGCAGACUCCCUCUGGUGGGGGACUAUUACACUGACCACUAUUGGCUACGGUGACAAGACCCCUCGGACGUGGCAGGGACGCCUCCUGGCAGCAGGCUUUGCUCUUCUCGGGGUCUCCUUCUUCGCCCUGCCUGCUGGGAUUCUAGGGUCAGGUUUUGCUCUGAAAGUCCAAGAGCAGCAUCGUCAGAAGCACUUUGAGAAGCGGAGGAUGCCCGCUGCAAACCUUAUACAGGCUGCGUGGCGACUCUACUCCACAGAUGCUAAGCAUUCAUAUCUAACAGCUACGUGGUACUUCUAUGACAGCAUGUUACCAUCGUUCAGAGAACUGACGCUCCUGUUCAGUCAUCUUCAACGACAGCGUAACAACAAGAAGGUGCUUCACAACUCCUACCACACACUGCUAUCUGGGCUGCGGCCCUACAGCUCCCCCUACAUGUCGGGGGACAGUGGGAAAAUGGGUUUCCGUGAUCGUAUCAGGAUGAGCAAUUCCCGAUCAUCUCAGGCUCUUCGCAAUAAAGCAUCUCCACUGCCACCCAGCUCUGGGGUGCGCCACUCACCCAGCCAAGAGAACGUCCCAGAGGCCACCAGUCCCGGGAAGGUCCAGAAAAGCUGGAGCUUCAAUGAUCGCACUCGAUUUCGCACUUCACUUCGACUCAAGCCACGCCCUCCUGCAGAUGUGGAGGGGGUCGGUGAGGACAAUGUAGAAGACAAGUCAUACUGUGACGUGGCCAUGGAAGACGUCAUCCCAGCAGUGAAGACUCUCAUACGAGCGGUCAGGAUUUUGAAGUUUCUGGUUGCCAAGAGGAAGUUUAAGGAGACGCUACGUCCAUAUGAUGUAAAGGAUGUCAUUGAGCAGUAUUCAGCUGGUCACUUGGAUAUGCUUGGACGUAUCAAGAGCCUGCAGACACGAGUGGAUCAGAUAAUAGGACGUGGGGCUGUGUCUACAGACAAGAAGGCUCGUUCUGAAAAGGGAGAGAAGACACCUCCAGAAUUGGAUCCCCUGGACGAGCUAAGCAUGAUGGGACGUGUCGUGAAAGUAGAAAAACAGGUGCAGUCUAUAGAGAAUAAACUGGACGCUCUGCUGAAUUUCUAUUCCCAGUGCCUGAAGAAAAGCACCUCUCAUUUCACUUUGUCCUCAUUGCUUGACCCGGACCUCACCUCGGACUACCACAGCCCCACAGACCAAAAAGACCUUUUCCCCUCCGCAAACACCCUCAACUUAUCCCAAUCGGAGAGUGGAAACCUGGAAUGA